UUAGAGCUAAGAUGUUGGUACCCCAGAUGAUAUUCAAAGGAAGGCCGGGAAAGAGUUUGCAGGAAACGAAGCCUAAUCUCCACGUCAUCGCUCGAACAUUUGCGCGGUGAGAAUCCUUGUGCGCCAUGGAUUGCCAUCUUCUUCUCCCGCAGGCAAAACAACCAUUUAAAGGCAAUGCUCUUUUCACUCAGAGUGCUGGAGAGAAAAAGACUCCUGUGUAUCUUAACUUCUCCACAUAUUUGAAUUCUUUUAUAUGCUCAACUUCAGAGAGGAAACGUGGUUUUGGGGCUCAGCCUGUGAAAAAAGGGAAGGUUAGUCGUCUCGAUGUUCCAAAAGAAGACAAAGAUGUUUCAUCACAGCCAAGGAAGCUCUCAUCAGGGCAAUCUGAAACUUCAGUCAGUCAGGCACCAAAGUUAUCUAGCAGCGAUGGAAGAAGGUCUGAAAGUAUUGUAUUUGAUAGUAAAUUUAAUGAGAAGCUGGAAGCGGUCAGAAGGACUGCUCUUGAACAGAAGAAAGCAAAAGACAAUACACAAUAUAGAGCUAUUGACUAUGAUGCCCCCAUUGAACCAGAGAAGAGUUCAACUGGACUUGGUGUUAAGAUUGGAGUUGGUGCUGCUGUCGUGUCAUUGGGAUUGGUAUUUACUUUAGGAGAUUUUCUUCCUUCUGGGAGCAUCAGUACCAGUAGUGAUUUCUCAAUGGAAAGCAAGAAGCUACCAGAGGAGGAGGAAAAGGUUCUAAAGGCAAGACUUCAGCAGUAUGAGGUGGCACUUAAGUCUUCCCCAGUUGAUAAAGAUGCUCUUGAAGGAGCUGCUGUAACUCUUGUUGAAUUGGGAGAUUAUGACCGUGCUGCCUCUCUUCUUGAAAAGCUUACAAAGGAAAAGCAAAAGGAUCCUGAUGCUUACCGACUUCUUGGAGAAGUAAAAUAUGAGCUUAAAGAUUACAGUGGAAGUGUUGCUGCUUACAGAAAUUCCCUAUCACUAUCAGGCAUGGAUAAUUUUGAAGUACUUCGUGGUUUGGUGAAUGCUUUGUUAGCUGCUGAGAAGCCAGAUGAGGCUGUUCAGGUACUUUUGGAUGUUCGUGAACAAUUGAAUGUUGAGAGUGGGAGAAGACCUGAUGUUUUUGCUGAGACUGCUGGCUCAGAUGUGCAGAAUGUCGACCCUAUUCAAAUUGAUUUACUUCUUGGAAAAGCUUACUCCAACUGGGGUCAUGUCAGCGAUGCUGUUUCUGUUUAUGAUCAAAUUAUCUCUGCCUAUCCUGAUGACUUUCGAGGAUACCUUGCAAAGGGUAUCAUUUUGAAAGAAAAUGGAAAGGUUGGGGAUGCGGAACGGAUGUUCAUCCAGGCUAGAUUCUUUGCACCAGAUAAAGCCAAGGCACUGGUUGAUCAAUAUUCGCGUCGAUAAUAGUGUGCAUAUUGUGAUUCUGCUAGGAAGUCAACCAUGUAAAAGGAAAUAUUAGUACGUUGUUUUAUGUACCAAUGAUGAUUGCAGCAAAGCAACAAAAAGUUUAUGGAUAUUUGGCAUUUUUUCAAGCGCUAAAAGUUCAGAAAGGGAAAUGUCGAUAUGAUCAUGUCAUGCCUCUCUCUCCAUCUCAAACACUUGCUUUGUAUAUACUAUUGCCAAGCAUUGAUUAGCUUUACCUUUUGAACUUGGAACA